CCUCUCCAUUUCUCUGUUUCCUUGAUUCUCCAUGUGGCCCUUUCAGCACCUCGCCGGGGACAAGAGCUCCGAUCUGGAGGUAAAAUGGUGGGGCCCAGGAGGACUACGCUCACCGCCAGGACACCCUAUGAGUGACCAAGUUUGGUCAAAUGAUGUCUGGCCACUUCACCCAGAUGUUGAACGGCACCAUAGCCAUUGCGGCAGUUGCGAACUUGGUAUUUUUGGGAUCAUUGUUGCAGUCUGUUGGUACUGUGUAAAGAAAUUGAGGAAAGCAUUACCUGAGAUACUCAGUGAAGUGAAGACAGCAACUGUUACUACGUCGAGACAGCCGCAGCAUGUGGUUCCAAUUUGGGAGGUUGAUGCGCCCACCAUGGGGAAAUUUUUGCAAGAGUUUGCCAAGGAUAAGCCGGUGAGAUUCACUGCUCAGCAGCUCUGUGCCUUUACAGGCAAUCACUCAACCAGGUUGGGAUCUGGAGGAUUUGGGGUUGUUUACAGAGGGCAGUUUCCCAACGGAGUGAAGAUUGCAGUGAAGGUGCUCGAGAAAGGUUCUGAGACAGCAGCAGGGGAGCAGUUCAUGGCAGAGGUAGGCACAAUCGGAAAAACAUACCAUAUUAAUUUGGUUAGACUUUAUGGUUUUUGCUAUGAUCAAUAUAUGAGUGCGCUUGUAUAUGAAUUCAUGGAAAAUGGAUCGCUUGAUAAAUACUUGUUUGGGGAGAAGGAGAUGACUGGGUGGGAAAAAUUACAUGAAAUAGCGCCUGGAAAUGUGCUGCUUGAUGAAAAAUUCUUCCCUAAAGUUGCUGAAUUUGGGCUUGCAACGCUCUGCAACAGAGAUAGUACUCACGUUUCAAUCACUGGAUACAGGGGAACCCCGGGUUACUCUGCCCCGCAAUUCUUACUUAGGAAUCAUCCCAUAACAUACAACUAUGAUGUGUAUAGUUUUGGAAUGGUUUUGUUUGAGAUAGCUGGGAGGAGGAAAAACACGGUUAUUAGUUACUCUGAAAGCCUUGAUUGGUUUCCAAAGCAUGUGUGGGAAAAGUACGAGAAGGGGGAAUUGACUGAAAUGACAGUAGAUUGUGGGAUUGAAGAGAAGGAUAGGGAAAAAACAGAGAGAAUGUCCGUGAUUGCAUUGUGGUGUGUUCAAGACUCACCAGAGGCUAGGCCACCAAUGAAUGCGGUGGUGAAGAUGCUGGCAGGAGGAGUGGAGAUCAAGCCGCCUCCUAAACCUUUUCAUUAUCUAUUCUCAGUAGUCAGUAGGGAUGAAUGCAGUCAAGCCAACUGCUGGUUCAAGUUUCUCCUUAAGUGAAGAAUCCAAUUCUUAUUGGUAUAAAGAGACUACACCCAUCAUGACCAAGUAUGAAAUCCAAAUAGCUAGUAGUUAAGAAUACUAGUAAAAUCUAGUUUUUAGAAAGUGUAUGUUUUGUUUUAUUUAUUUAUUCAUUUAUUUUUUGGAGCAGUAAAGGUAGUUUAUUAUU